CUAGGCCAGGGGGCAGCAGGGGCAUCAUGAUCGUUGCUGUUUACCUGGUGCUGGGUGCAGUGACGCUUGCCUCAACCUCGACCACACCCACCCCCAACCUCUGCCAGCGUCAGGACCAGCCACCAGGGGUCCCUGCCUGGUACUGCAUCAUGCCGGAGGGGGGAGCCACUCGUGUACCCCUGGACACCCCCAGCUGCAUAGUGAUAGUCCGUGCAUGGCUUGUGGGAACAUCGUAUCCAAAAAAUGUCUUGGUCUGGCGCCCAGAGGGAUCUGUCUCUCAUGGCUUGAGCAACUUCACUCUGGGGGAUGGUGCCUUCACAGUCCAGGGCAUGGUCAAGCAGCUCUGUGGGCACUACGAGAUCAGGUGCUCUCUGGACAACAGUCUCCUGGCCAACAUCACAUUGGUGCUGCCUGGUAUGAAUCUCCUGCCCUCCUUUCCAGCGCUCUUGAUCUUCCACUGAUCAAGCCACCCGUCUUUUGUAACUGUCUGUCAGCCCUUCCUAGUAAUGAAGCUUUUCUCUGGUCUUGAUCUUCCACUAACCAGUUCUGCUGUCUGUUGGCCCUGCCUGGUCACAUCUCUCCUCUAUCGCAGCCCUACAGACUAAUUGUGGCUCUAGCUAAAAACCUGCAUUCGCGGGUGGUGACAUGAACAUGGGUAGACAGGACUGACUGUGAAGUACUGGAGGUACUGUCAAGCUGCUCAAGGAGGCGAGAUUUUUAUGAAUCUGAAUUGGAGAUUGAUAUACAAUUAUAAUGACUACGGGACUAAUGACACAAUAGCUUUGGACUAUUUUGGCUCUUUUUCGCCUAGUUUCUUAUGUUUUUCUCUUAAACCUACAUAUAUAAUCUAGCAAAUUAUUGCUAGGGUUGUAUAGAAUCUAGUGCACACUCCAGUAUCUAUGUGUUUCUACUCUUAUCUGUGGGUGAAUGCUAUAGUGCCAGGCCCCUGGUGUAUUACCCAAGUAUUUGGUUGUCCUUUAACCGGAGAAAAAACUUGUUUUAUUUUGUUCUGUUUGGGGGCGGGGGGGGUGUGAUGAGGCACCAACCCCUCUGCACUCCCCCUUCUAAAUCCUUCAUCUGCCCAUGCUCUUAAUAUUUCUCUUCUAUUUUGGAGCCAUGCACACUCUUUAGCUCUAACUAAAAACCUUCACUCAGGUGUGGUCAUGUUCACCCAGGGGUACACAUGACUGAUCCCAAAGUUUUGGAGGCACCAUCCAGAUGCUCAAGGAGGCUAGACUUGGUUUCAUGAAUCUCAGUAAGAGAUGUACGUUCAAUGAGAGUGACAGAACUGAAAAAAACCCACUAUCUUUUGACUUUCUGUCUAGGUUGCAGUGCUUUUUAAACUUACUAUGUAAUAUCAGGAAGGGGGUUGGACUGGAUGUGAUCUCUGGAGGUCCCUUCCAGCCCCACUUCUCUUUGACUCUCUGUCUAUGACUCUGAUAUCCCUUCCAGCCCCACGUUUCUAGGAUUCUAUCCCUGUGAUAGAAUCUGAGCUCUGGAGGUGCCUUCCAGCCUUGUGUCUCUAUGAUGCUAUGACAGUAUUCUGCAGCCUCCCUCUGCCCAACCUUCCCGUCAC